AUGUCAUCGAAUGAAAAAAGUACGGAAACCCAUGAAUGCCAAGACGAAUCAUCCGAUCGACCAAUUCGCACCAAAACGAAGUCAGUAAAGGCAUUGGAAGCUGCUAUUAUGGAAAAAACCAAAUUAUUUUGGAAAUCUCAGAAAGAUUUGGAGCAAAACACCAAUGCUGUAUUUAGAUGUGACCCAUUUUCUCCACACAUUCCUGAACUCAAAGAAAAGUUGAAAGUUUCAUUAGAACAUUUUGAAAAAGAAUUAACUGAAUUAAAGCAACUUUUCACGCAACAUGAUGUCGACUCUAUGCAGAGACAGUCUCUACUAGCAACUGCUGAUAAAUGGUUAAAGCUUGCUAAUGGUGCCACAUCUUCCACAGAUCUACCACCACCUAUCCUUCAACCUUUACCUCGCGAUCAAAUUUCGCACGCAUCUACGACAUCAAGUGUAGCCCGACGAUUGGAAGCUAGAGCAAGACUUGCCGAAGAAAAAACCAAGCAAGAAUAUGAAGAAAGAAUUCAGGUAGAAAUGUUAAAUUGUCAACAAUAUGGUUUGGGUGUAUAA